ACUUCAAGUGUGGAAGAAAUCAAAGAAAGAAAAAGAAGUAGCAGAAUGGGUGAAGAAGUUAAGGUUUUUGGAUUCUGGUCAAGCCCUUUUACUCAUAGGGUAGUGCUGGCUUUGCGGUUGAAAGGUGUUUCAUAUGAAUACAGAGAAGAGGAUCUCUUCGGGAACAAGAGCCCUUUGCUUCUGCAAUACAAUCCAAUUCAUAAGAAAGUUCCUGUUCUCCUCCACAACGGGAAACCAAUUGCAGAAUCGCUUGUAAUACUUGAAUACAUGGAGGAAACUUGGAAAUCCAAUCCCAUUUUGCCCAAGGAUUCUUAUGACAAAGCCAUGGCCCGAUUCUGGGCCAAGUUCUUCGAUGACAAGUGUAUGCCUGCAAUCUGGAAAGCUUUCUGGUGCCCCGAGAAUGAACGAGAAAAGGCGGUGGAAGAAGCUUGCCGGUGUUUGAAAACGCUGGAGAGUGCGCUUAAUGGAAAGAGAUUCUUUGGAGGGGAAGCCAUUGGAGUGGUAGACAUUGCUGCAAAUUUCGUAGGAUUUUGGCUGAGGACCAUUCAGGAAGUGACGGGGUUGGAGUUGUUGUCGGCUGAAAAAUUCCCUAACUUGUUCAAAUGGACUGAUGAAUUCGUGAACCAUAGUGUUGUUAAGGGAACUUUGCCUCCAAGAGACAAACAACUGGAAUUUAACAAAGUGAUCGUUGCGAAAUAUGAACAAGGUGAAAUUAAGGCAUGAUGAUGGCCACAUGCAUUUACCUCGUUUACAUUAUUUAGUUUGGUGUAAUCUUCAUGUGUGUUGCUUGCUCUUGUUUUCGAGUGAAAUAAAUUUCCUAA